AUGCAUAAUAAGAUCAUUAGGGUUGCAUCCAGUGCGCUGACAGGAGGCAAGCUACUCGAGAAACUAAAGACCUUGACCCACUGGGAAGCACAGUGGGAUCCUCACAGGACUAAGUGUCUAGGGAUAACAAGAGAAGUGACUUUCAAGGACUACGAGACCACCUGGGCAUUCCUGACCCGCGUGUCCAUGAGAUCUCAUCUUUGGGGCCAUCAUCCCCUGAUCCACACCAGCUACACCUGGGUAAAGCUUGAGCUUCGUACGCAUGACGCAGAUCCGCUGGACCCAGACGGGGCCCAACUCAGCGAUAUAGACGCCCGAAUGGCCAGGAGAAUAGACUCCUAUAUCGACGAAAUGAUCCGCUGA